AUGGGAAGAUUUGGAGCAUGUUGCGUUAUCGAUGAUUUCCCUCGUGAAACCAUGAAGACGAUGAUUCCUUUACCCAAAAUCAAGCAGAAAGCUGUACUGGUGAUUCUAAGAAAAACAAUUGCUCAAGCUGACAUCGACGAGGAUCUUGAGUCUCUUAUGCUGCUGAAGCACAAACUCGAGGACUUCGCCACAUAUCGAAACUUCGUAAUUCUUCGUUAUGAGAUGCAUGAAAAUGCUACGUUUUACGAGAUCAUGAGAAAGAAGAAUGUGGUGGAGCUAUCGACAACGCUCAAGUGGAUACAACAGGUGAUCAAUACGGAUUACUGA